CUGAAGAAAUUUGCUAAGAGUGACUAGCCUUUCUAUUUCGCUUUCUGAAGAAAAUAGCUCAAUUGAGGACGGGAAACAGGAAGUUUGAUGGCAUUCAUUUCAUGCUCUCGUAGUGGAUCGUCAGUAGUAUUUGCAAAUCAUUACCUCGUCCCCAUCUUCGAUUCCGGUUCACAGCUUUCCUCGUCUCUCAGGCAGUUUUUCUCGAAUCAGAGCGAAACUACCAGCGAGGAUGAAAAAAUGGACAAAGACUAUAAACCCAAAUCAUCCACGAAAUCGAAAACAUCCAAAGCCAUGGCUAGGCUUAUCAAUUACAAAACCUGGUCAAAUGAGCUAGCAUCUUCUUUAUCUUCAUUUUCUCCCACUCUGUCAAAAACCAUGGUGCUUCAAACUCUUCGCCUUAUCACAAAUUCAUCCAAAGCCUUUAAUUUCUUUAAGUGGGUACAUGAUAAGGGUUUCCCUCACAGUGACCAAACAUACUUCAUAAUGCUAGAAAUUUUGGGUCAUGGAAGAAACCUUAAUGUGGCUCGUAAUUUUUUGUUUUCAAUUGAGCUAAGAUCUGAUGGUGCUGUUAAGCUUCACAAUCGAUUCUUUAAUAGCUUAAUUAGAAGUUAUGGUCAAGCUGGAUUGUUUGAAGAGUCAAUGAAGCUUUUUCAGACUAUGAAGAGAAUGGGUGUUUCACCAUCUGUGAUCACAUUCAACAGUCUUUUUUCUAUAUUACUUAGACGGGGUCGGACGAAUAUGGCAAACGAUCUUUAUGAUGAAAUGCUUAGCACAUAUGGAGUUACGCCAGACACAUAUACAUAUAAUAUUUUGAUCAGAGGGUUUUGUAAGAACUCCAUGGUUGAUCAAGGCUUCAGAUUUUUCAAUGAAAUGUCCCGCUUCAAUUGUGAUCCCGAUAUUGUUACUUAUAAUACACUUGUUGAUGGCUUAUGUAAAGCAGGGAAGGUCAAAACUGCACAUAAUUUAGUGAAGGGCAUGAGUAAGAAAAGCAAGGAUUUGAAUCCUAAUGUUGUGACUUAUACAACUUUAGUUAGAGGGUAUUGUAUGAAACAAGAAUUAGAUGAGGCCUUGCUUAUUAUUAAGGAGAUGACUAGUCGGGGGCUCAUGCUAAACAAAAUUACCUGCAAUACUUUAAUCAAAGGACUCUGUGAAGCUCACAAAUUAGAUAAGAUAAAAGAUAUUUUGGAACAAACCAUAGGGGAUGGGGAGCUCAGUCCAGACACAUGUACCUUCAACACGCUAAUUCAUGCACAUUGCAGUGCUGGAAACUUAGAUGAAGCAUUAAAAGUGAUUGAGAAGAUGAAAAGCUUGCAGGUCCCAGCAGACUCAGCCACCUACAGUGUUGUGCUGCGGAGCCUGUGUCAAAGAGAGGACUAUGAUAUGGCAGAAAAGCUGUUUGAUGAGUUGUAUGAGAAGGAGAUUUUGUUGAGUAAUUUUGGCUCUAAGCCUCUUGCUGCUUCUUACAACCCUAUGUUUCAGUAUCUUUGUGAACAUGGGAAAACUAAGAAGGCUGAGAGGGUAUUUAGACAGCUAAUGAAAAGGGGAACACAAGACCCUCCGUCCUACCAGACAAUGAUUAUGGGGCACUGUAAGGAAGGUUCUUAUGAAGAUGGAUAUGAGCUUUUGAAGUGGAUGUUAAGACAAAAUUUUCUUCCAGAUUUUGAGAUAUAUGAUUCUUUGAUUGAUGGUUUUCUUCAGAAGGAGAAACCUCUUCUUGCAAAAGAGGCACUGGAGAAAAUGCUAAGGAGCUCCUAUCUUCCUAAAACAUUAACUUGGCACUCUAUCCUGUCAAAGCUUUUGGAAAAGGGUUGUACUAAUGAAUCUGCUAGUUUUAUUGUCAUGAUGCUAGAGAAAAAUAUUAGACAAAAUAUAAAAUUUUCAACCAUGAGUUUACAGCUACUUUUUGGCCGUGGACUAAAGGAGAGAGCAUUUGAGGUUUUAGAGUUGCUUUACAAGCAUGGAUACUGUGUUAAAAUAGAUGAAUUAGUUCAGUUUCUUUUACACAGAGGAAAGCUAUCAGAGGCAAGCAAAAUGUUGGCAUUUUGUUUCGAAAAUAAUCAACAUGCUGAUCUUGGUUUGUGCAAUGAAGUUAUUUUGGGCCUUUGUGAAAGGAACAAGGUUUCAGAGGCUUUUGGUUUAUGCUAUGUAUUGGUGGAGAAAGGCUUACAUCAGGAAUUGACUUGUCUAGAUGAACUAGUAUCUUCUCUAGAGGCUGACAGAAGAUCAGAUGAAGUGGCAUUUAUAUCUAAGAGGAUGCAAAGGCAAGAAUCGUUAGGAAGAUCUUCACAUUUAUCUCCUAGUUGCUACAAGGAAAUUAAGAUCAAGUUGACAGUGCAGGGUAACCCUGAAUCCUCAUUGGAUGCUUCAGAUCAAGCAGCAAGAUUGCCAAACUUGCAUAAUUUUUCACAAUCAGUUUUUGGUUUCUUCAUUGAUUUCAAGUACAUGUCCUUUCUUGGAUUCAAACGCAUUAUAUAUAUAUAUAUAAAGAUGCCAAGUGUUGAUAAAGGUAAUGACAGUUCCACACAGCAGUGGCCACAGCAGAAACAAUCUGGUGCUGCUGCGGCACACAGGAGUAAGCGUGCACCAACACCUGGGAAGGCAACAGUGCUUGCAAUAGGAAAGGCAUUUCCAAGCCAAAUCGUCCCACAAGAAUGUUUGGUGGAAGGAUACAUUCGGGAUACCAAAUGUGUAGAUUCUUAUGUUAAGGAAAAAUUGGAGCGUCUCUGCAAGAACACCACCGUGAAGACAAGAUACACAGUCAUGUCGAAGGAGAUCCUGGACAAAUAUCCUGAACUAGCCACCGAAGGCUCGCCGACGAUCAAACAAAAGCUCGAGAUUGCGAAUCCGGCGGUGGUGGAAAUGGCCACCAGAGCCAGCCAUGCUUGCAUCAAGCAAUGGGGAAGGCCAGCACAAGACAUAACUCACAUAGUCUACGUCUCUUCAAGCGAGAUUCGUCUUCCCGGCGGCGACCUUUACCUCGCGAACCAGCUUGGCCUUCGAAACGACGUCGGCCGCGUCAUGCUUUACUUUCUCGGCUGCUACGGCGGCGUGACUGGCCUCAGAGUUGCCAAGGACAUCGCUGAGAACAAUCCCGGAAGUAGGGUUUUGCUCACCACCUCUGAAACUACCAUUCUAGGGUUUCGCCCUCCGAACAAAGACCGACCUUACGAUCUCGUCGGCGCCGCUCUUUUCGGUGAUGGCGCUGCUGCCGUUAUUGUCGGAGCAAACCCUAUCACCGGCGAGGAUCCAUUCAUGGAGCUAAACUACGCUGUUCAACAAUUCUUACCAGAAACUCAUGGCGUGAUUGAUGGUAGGCUCUGUGAAGAAGGCAUAAACUUCAAGCUUGGGAGAGAUCUUCCUCAGAAGAUUGAAGAUAACAUUGAAGAGUUUUGCAGAAAGCUUAUGGUGAAGAGCGAGACCAAAAACGACAUCGUUAAAGGGUUUAACGACUUGUUCUGGGCUGUUCAUCCUGGAGGACCAGCGAUUCUGAACAAGCUUGAAAGUACACUGAAACUAAGCAGUGAGAAGCUGGAAUGUAGCAGAAGGGCAUUAAUGGACUAUGGAAAUGUUAGCAGCAACACCAUUUUUUAUGUGAUGGAGUACAUGAAGGAGUAUCUGAAGAAAAAUGGAGAAGAAGGAGAAGGAGAAGGAGAAGAAUGGGGAUUGGCCUUAGCAUUUGGACCUGGUAUUACUUUUGAAGGCAUUCUCAUGCGAAGCUUGUCUUGAAAUUAAAGAAGAUGAAGAAGAAGUACCAAAUAUAAAUGGUGCUUCGUUCUCCGCUUAUUCAUUAAAAAAAAAAAUUGAGAUAUGCUUUUCUACUUUUUAAGAAACAAGCCAAGUUAGCCACUUUCUGAAUAUUAGGAGCGGGAUAUUAAUUAUAUC